AUGGAUGUAUCUAACUAUGAAUAUUUAAGAAAUUUUGGGGUUAAAAAUGAAAUAAAAAGAAGAACAAUAUAUAAAGAAAAAAUUAUAUAUCAUGUAGCAGAUACUAUAAUAUUUACAGCACUAUUUUUAAGUUGUUACAAGUUUAACAUAACGUUGUCAUAUAAUUAUGAAAAGGAAGUAUUUUAUAGUUUUUAUAAAUCAUUAGUUGAUUUAGUUUUUUUAAAUUUAGCAAGAAUAAUCUACACUAUUAUUUUACUUUUUUUUUAUUCUAGAGUAAAUAAAUUAAAUAUAUUAGAAAACGUUUAUGUAUUUUCUAGGCAUUUAACUGGAUUCUUAGUUAUUUUAAAUUCAAUAAAAAUGAUUAAUUUUCAUUAUAAUAUAAAUGUGGAGGCAAAAAGUUAUAAUGGUAUAUAUUUUAAUGUAGUUAGAAUAAUAAUUAUGAUAUAUAGCUUGAUAUCUUCAAUAUAUUAUUUUUUUAUUCAGUAUAAGUUAUACAAUGUUAAGAAAAAAUGCAUAAUAGCUAGCUCAGAAUUAGAAAAAAUUUUAUUAAAAGAUAUAAAAUUAAAAAAGUACAAGUUAUUUAAAGGUGAUUUUACUAAUGGUUUAUUAGAUGAAGAGUGUAGCAACAUGAAUAGUACUAUGAUAACAAGAGAAAACAAAAGUUUAUUAGAGUUGAAUUUUUCUUAUAGCAAAUUAUAUGAUUCAGGCACUUUAUAUAAAGAUUUAAAUGAAUUAAAAGUAUCCAAAAAAAAGUCGCAGAAUUUAAAUGACUUAUUAAAAGAAAAAAAUGCUACAGAAUUAUUAUUAUCGAAAAAAAAAAAAAAAUAUAAAAAUAAUACUAUUGAUGAUGAUACCGAAUCAUAUAGUACUAACAUAAAUUACUUAGAAAAUAAAUUAACAUAUAAUGAAUUUAAGAAUAUUCUACUACCAUAUUUAUGGCCUAGUAGAAGAGUAGAUUUAAAAGGAAAUAUUUUAAUAUUACGUUUUUAUGUAGUGUUAAUCUUUUUUUUUAUAAUACUAUCCAAAAUAUUUAGUGUGAUAUGUCCUAUAUAUCUUGGUAUUGCAUCUAAUGAUGUUUUAGAAAAAAAUUUUUCAAAUUCUGUUUUUAAUCUUGGGUUAUAUGUAACGUUUUUUUUUAUUUCAAAAUUUCUGAAAGAAUUAUGUGGAAUUUUAUAUUCACAGGUACAGCAGUCUGCUUUCAUUGAAUUACAAGAGUCCGUUUUUCAAAGUUUUCAUAACUUAUCAUAUGAAUGGUAUUCUAAUAAAAAUUCAGGGGGAAUUAUGAGAAUAGUUGAUAGAGGAACAGAAAGUGCAAACAAUUUAAUGAAUUCUUUGUUAAUGUAUAUAAUACCAGCAAUAAUAGAAGGAGUUAUAACUUGUAUAAUAUUUAUAUUUAAAUAUAAAAAUAGUCUAUUAGGAAGUAUUUUGUUUAUUGGAUUAACCUUAUAUAUAUAUGCAACAAUAAAAAUAACAAAAUGGAGGAAGAAAAUUAGAACAAAAGCAAAUAAAAUGGAUAACGUAUAUCAUGAUAUAGCACAUGAUUCGUUGACAAAUUAUGAAACUGUGAAGUAUUUUAGUAAUGAAAAAUUUGAAAUAAAAAGAUUUUGUAAUGCAUUAUCUAAUUAUAAUAGAUAUAAUUUAAAAAUUUUAAAUAGUUUAGGAAUAUUAAAUAGUGUUCAGCAAUUUAUUUUGAAUGGCACUUUAUUUUUUACCUUGUUUUGUGUAAUAUACAUGAUAAUAGAAAAUGGAGCAGAUAGCGGAAUUUUUAUUAGUGUAAUAGUAUAUAUAACAAAUGUAUUUUCUCCUUUAAGUAUAUUAGGUACGUUGUAUACCAAUAUAGUCAAAUCAUUUACUGAUAUAAAUGAUUUAACUGAUGUCUUAAGAGAAAAAAUACAUGUCCCAGAUGACCACAAUUUAGAACCUUUUUCAUUGACAUCUUAUGAAAAAAAGUUUGGUGUAAGUAUUCAAUUUAUUGACGUUAAUUUUCAUUAUCCUUCUCAACCACUUAAUCUUUCUUUAAAAAAUAUUGAUAUUUUCAUACCAGCUGGUACUACUUGUGCUAUUGUUGGCCAUACAGGUUCUGGAAAAACUACUAUUUCCAAAUUGCUAUAUCGAUUUUAUGAUGCAGAAGGAGAGAUAAAAAUAGGUGGAAGAAAUAUAAAUGAAUAUACGAGAAAUUCUGUUAGAAACAUAAUAGGAAUAGUACCUCAAGAUACUAUUUUAUUUAAUGAAACUAUAAAAUAUAAUAUUUUAUAUGGAAAACUAAAUGCAACAGAUGAAGAAUUAAUACAAGCAGUAAAAUCUGCUCAAUUAUAUGAUUUUAUUGAAUCCUUACCAAAGAAAUGGAACACUAUAGUCGGAGACAAAGGAGUUAAGUUAUCAGGAGGAGAGAGACAAAGAAUAUCUAUUGCUAGAUGUUUAUUAAAAGAUCCAAAAAUUGUUAUUUUUGAUGAAGCUACUAGUUUAUUAGAUUCAAGAACAGAAUAUUUAUUUCAAAAGGCAGUAGAAGAUUUAAGAAAAAAUAGAACUCUAAUAAUUAUUGCUCAUAGACUUAGCACCAUUUCUUCUGCUGAACAGAUUAUUUUAUUAAAUAAAGGAAGAAUUAUAGAAAGGGGAAACCAUCAUUAUUUAUUAAAACUCAAUGGGGAAUAUUCACAAAUGUGGAAUAUGCAAUCGAAAUCUAAUGAAAAACAUAAUGAAGAAAAUUCUUCUAAUGAUAAAAAAAAAAGUCCAAAAGAUAAUAUGGGUGUAACAAAUUCCUUUAAAAAUGAAGAUAUAGCUGGUGAUAAAUCAGGUAGUGAUUAUAAUGCAUACUUAUUUAAUGGUUGUAAUAGUACAUAUAAUAACAAUGGUAGUAAUAUGAGCAUUUAUGAGGAUAACAAUAAUAAUAAUAAUAAUAAUAUUAAUAAUAAUACUAAUAAUAAAAGUAAUAAUAUCAAUAAUAUUAAUAACAGUCAUAAUAUUAAUGAUAAUAAUAAUAAUAAUGUUAAUAAUAAUAAUAAUAAUAUUAAUAAUAAUACUAAUAAUAAAAGUAAUAAUAUCAAUAAUAUUAAUAACAGUCAUAAUAUUAAUGAUAAUAAUAAUGAUAAUAUUAAUAUUAACAAUAAUGAUAAUAAUAAUAAUGAUAAUAUUAAUAUUAACAAUAAUGUUAAUAAUAAUAAUGAUAAUAAUAAUAGUAAUGAUAAUAAUAAUAAUGUUAAUAAUAACAAUAAUAAUAAUAAUAAUAAUUGUAAUAUUAAUAAUAAUAAUAAUAAUAAUAGUAAUAAUAAUAAUAAUAAUAACAGCAACAACAACAAUAAUAAUAAUAAUGAUAUGAAUAAUAAUAACAAUAAUAUUAAUAAUAAUAAAUAA